AGUGGCAACCUUUGUCCAAAUCCACACCUAGAUUCAGUGUUGCAAUGCUGCAAAUAAAUAGCCAACUACCUUUUUUUUAAAAAUUACAUAUUAAACGAUGUGAAAUCAUUUAUUUGCAUAAUACAUGAAAAUACAAAGGGUCAGGAGUCAACUCAGAGGAACAUAAAACUCCAAUACUUAGAAUUAUUUUUUUUCGUUGUUUGCUGUAAACUUGCAUGAGUAUGAGCUGUGGCCAUUAAAAACUGAUUCGAUCACCAUGUCAUAAACAAUCGCUACACAUAGGACAAAAAUACGUGCACGUCAUAUGGCAUGGAUUGAUAUACUUAAAUGAGAUAUAGUCUUAAUCAGCUGAUAAUUUAAUUGUUUUAGCCAAAUAGUAUUUGCGAAUUUUGAUUUAAUGUCUGAUCGUAAAAAGUAGUUAAUUAUGUUGGCAAUGUUGACGUAAAUAAUCAAAAUUCUGAAUGAAUCAGGCCAACAAAUGGGGUAAGUCGAUGAAAUUGAACAUUGAACAUAUAUGACGUCAUUAGGGUUGGUGUCACUCGGGGCCAUUUUACCACGUCCUUACGUUUCCCUUGACCUUCUUCGAGUCUCCUUUCUCAUGUGACAUCCAGCUUUCCUGGAACCUGUUCUGGUAGCACACAGCUUUGUUGGCAACCUCUUCUGGUCGUAACAUUCUCCGGUGGCAUCCUGUUCUAGUAGUACACUUCUCUGUCCUUUAAUCACAAAAUCGCUCUCCUGAACUCCUCCCUUCGGCUCUUACUCUACAUACCAAAUGAUCAUAAAUAACAAAAAUCAGCGUCAUAUUUCCCGCUAUGAAACGUCAUCCACACAAACAACAUAGACACAAUUACACAAUAAAUCUCUAUACUCAAAUAUGCCCACUAACAAAUCACGUUUUGAGCAAACCAAAAGACACACCCAUUAAACAAAUCAUUAAAACGGUGUAGAUUAUUAAUUCAUUCAUAUCACUACAUGGCAAAAUUAAAUUUUAAAAAGUAAUAAUUUAUUUAUUUACAAUAAUUGUAAUGUUUGUUUGUUUUGUUGUUUUUUUUGUUUUUUUUUUAAAGAAAUUACGGUUGAGACAGUAAAUGAAGUUCACUGUGAGUACUAGGUUAAUGUAUAUUGGGAACAUUGUGUCAUGGUCAAAAUAUUUUGUCUGUUUCAAUCAAGCGUGCACAACAUAACGUUAAAUGUUAAUGUAACGGUUUCUUUAAAACUAACAGGUUUGAAUAUCCUCAUAAUCAUAUUUAAAUAAUUGUUUCAAAUGUACGAUGUAUGAUUUGAUUUGCUGGUUGGGGUUUUUUUAGCUUUAGAAUUAGAUCCGUACAUUCAUUUCUAAACUUAAGUUUUAGUUGCGUUCUAUUUGUUUGCUUCUAUCUAUUUAUUUAAUAAACAACUUAUCAUUCCAGCUGAAUGCCCCAAGUUGAAAAUGAAUUCAUACGGUAAUUAUAACGCUUUUGUUGAUAUUAGAAUUAAUGUUCAAAUGACUCAUUUUAUAUAAAUAUAUAUAAAUAUUGUUUAUUGUCAAAUUCAUUAUCUAACUAUUUACAAAAUUUAAGUAAAAUUUUAAAUGUCAUAACUUAAGUUUUAUAAAAUCAUUUCAAUCAGUAAAUUUUAAAAAGAAACAGUGUAAAUAAUAUUGAAUACAUUCAAUUAAUGAAAGUUCCAAUCCAACAUUUUAAAUAUACUUUAAUAAAGUUCAGGAGUCCACAAGAUGUAACAAAUUUAUUGCAAACGAAAACGGGAGAAAGAAACAUUCUUAAACUUAAAUUACAAUGUAUUGAAAUAAAAGAAUUUUUUUUUUUCAUUUUUAUCUCAGAUUUGGUUUUUUUGCUUUUGUUUUUUUCUUUUCUUGUUUACGUUCUCUCUCUUUUUUUUUUUUAUUUGCCAGCGAAGGCUUUUUGGCGACACUGCCAUUUUUCGCUUUCCUCCUCUUCAUGUUUUCUGCUUUUCCUUAAAUAAUGUAGCCAUUUCAAAGUAUUUAAACAGAUUGUCAUAUCAGCACUAGCAUAUAAAGCAGGUAUCAUUACAAGCUUUCCGAUGGCUAAUAGUACACAUUGCAAAAUUUCGCCCCAUUAAAGCUUCAGGUUUUCUAAAGAAAACAUUGUGUUUCAUUGAACACAUUUUAAAUAAAGUUGUACAUUGAUAUUAUGUUUAGUUUGUUUUAAGUUCUAAUUUUUAUAAACCAAUAAAAUAUAUAGAUUCCCAGUGCAUAAUACUGUACACGAAUAUGUGAAAAUAAAAUAGCAUUUCUGGAACAAUUUUGAAGAUUAAUGAGUGCAGCAACUUUUGCUUACAAUCUAAGAGCUAACCAAUGACCCCCAACCCCCACGAGUAACCAUAAAACUACCAAAUAGUACACAAGGACCGCAGCGAACGCAGGAUAGUGAGAGAAAAAAACAAACAUCUAUUAAGCACACACAAAAUUUGUGUGGCUCGCCAAUUGUUGUGUCCUUAAAGCGGCUCCAAGGGUAUUCAAUAUCUGCCAGGCCAUAGUAAUUUUCGCGGGCUGUUUUUACCCUUUGACCUGACGUUAUCUUGCCCCAAUUUAAGUAAUGGAUGUGUCUUACGGCAUAACACAAAGCAACAAAAAAGGCUUAAAAUUAAAAUGUAUCAUUUGAGUCUCCUGGACCAAAGUCAGACUUGGCGUCGAGUGUAGAAUUUUUAGGUCAGUUAACUAACACUAAAGGCCUAGAUUUAAAAUGCAUCAUUUGAUUCUCCAGGAGCAACGUCAGACAUGGGGUCGAGCGUCGACUUUUUAGGUAACUUAAGCAAUAUUAACAAUUAGUUUAUUGUAACACCGUUGUCUCUGAGAACAUUUCGCUUGUUGUUUACUUUGAAGUUAAGUUCAUGAUUACCGUGCUCAAAAUAAUCAAAUCAAGUCUACUUGAAAUAUUUUAAAACGUUAUUGAAGCUUCACAGUGAAAAGCACAACAGUUCAAUUUAGGUUGUUGUUGUUGUUGAUUUUGUGUGUGUGUAUGGAGGCUUUGCUCCUGUCUCCCCGGAUUCUGAACUCACGUCAUCAUCGUGUCCUUAUUCCACCAAUCAGAUACGGCCUCCAAACUCAUGACCUCUUCAGAAAGCAAAACCAUGCGUCAAAUAGUAGCAUGUUGUAACACACACAAUAAAUCCAUUCCAGUGUCAUCGUUCUUAAACAGUUCUUUUUUAACGUGUUACUGUCCCUGAGUAUCUGUAAGAAUAAUAAAACACCCAGUAUUGUUAGAACUCAUGAUACUAUAAAUAAAUUCGUCAAAUGCUAUUUAAUUUUAAUUAAUACUUUAAAUAAAACUUUGUCAAACCAGAACUUUUGAACAUAUAAUUGUAUUCUUGGUCCACCCUCGAGAUCAUGUAAAUAAAUGUUUUCAUCUUUACACUUAGAAACAUACACUCUUGAAGAUUACAGACAGAUCAAAUGGGGUAAGUUCUAUAGUAGAUGAAUAAGUAGUGUACAGUAUGAUUGAGUAUGUAGAUAUUUCUUAGAUAAACCGAUCCAUUCAAAGUAAAGUCAGAAGCAAAAAGAAGAAGAAGAAGAAGAAUGUUAAAUUAUGUCACCAUUUACAUUUAUUAUAGUUUUUGAAAAAUAAAUAAAUAAAUGUAUCCAAGUUUGACCAUUAAAAAAUAUUAAUUUAAAAAAAGUAACAAUCUGGAUCAAAUUUAACUAAUAGAUAUCUUUCUUACCUUUUUUAAAUAAUUGGCCGAAAUUACCAAAGAAAAUGUCUGGCAUGCAUAUUGGGUGACGAUGUUUAGACACAUGUGGAUGUUGGGUCACAAUGUUUAGACAGCCGUGUUUGUUGGGUCACAAAGUUUGGUCAGUUCACUAAAUUUCAAUAAAACUAUUUUUUUUUUUAAACUAAAACUAAGCUUCUGGCAGUUUUUACAUGAACAUUUGUUUUACAAAUUUGACCAAACUUUUUAGCUGGUUUUCUUUUUAAAUCUGUAAAUCACCAUGAUAUCCACAUCCAUGCAUGAAAAAAGGCACUGAACAGAAACUAUAUAUUAAAUACAUUCAGUUUGUUUGACACAACACAUUUUUUUUUAAUAUGUAGGUGAGACUACACAAUUGGAAACUGAGAAGCAGUCCAAUGUUUAUUUUUUAGGUAAGGAUCGAAUUAUGACAAGCAGUCAGGUUUUUAUUAUUUAGGUAAGUAGCAUGGCCAUUAUCUUCUUCGUGUGUCCACUCUAACCUGUGUGUCGUCGCUGAGAGGUACAGUUGGCUAACUGCCAACGAGGGCGUUGGAACCUGUUGAACGAUCGUGUUGUGGACUCUAAGAGUGCUCUAAAGACAGUCCAUCCACCACCGGCGUGGUCCUUCUUAUGCCCUGAAAACCGGCGGCCCUGCUAUUGAAGGGCUUGUGUGCAGACUUAUUUUACUGUAGAGACUGGCGGGCCUGCUAUUGUAGGCUUGUGUGAAGACUUAUGUUACAUGAGAAACUGGCGGGCCUGCUAUUGAAGGGCUUGUGUGCAGACUUAUUUUACUGUAGAGACUGGCGGGCCUGUAUUUGUAGGCUUGUGUCAAGACUUAUGUUACAUGAGAAACUGGCGGGCCUGCUAUUGUAGGCUUGUGUGAAGACUUAUGUUACAUGAGAAACUGGCGGGCCUGCUAUUGUAAGCUUGAGCUCAGUCUUACUCUACAGGCAUGCUAAACAGAUAUUUUCCUACAGGCCUUCUAAACAGAUAUGUUGCUGGGACAUAUGCUGGAAACAGUCGUUUGUUUCAUGUCCUGGUUUUGACGUAGACACUUAUCGUUUUACCAUCUGCUCGUCCUUAAACAUCUCAACCCGUAGGAACGGUUUGGUCUUCUUUAAGAGUUGUAUUAAAAGUUCAAAGAUGAACAUAGUCCAAUGGUGUUUAUCUUUACAUGUAUCACAUGAUAUAUUACAUGAUAUAUUACAUGAUAUUUUACAUGAAAUAUUACAUGGAAUAUCACAUGAUAAAUUAUAUGAUGUAUUUCUUGAUACUGUCGUAUUUCAAAUCCACCCAUUGUGGAUUUAUGUAGAACGUCUUGAACAAUAAUUUUAUCCCUCAAGUCAAGUCAUCAAUAGCAAUAAUUAAUAAUCAUUUAAUUUUUAAAAACUUUACAACAUUAUAACAUUACGAAUUAUUAUUUUUUUAACUCAACAAAAAUAGUUCAUGUCUUGUUAUUUAUUUUAUCUUUUAUGUAAAACAAAAAACAAAAACAAUAUAAAGAAACAAAAGAAACAUUAUGUAUGGAGUAUGAAUAUAAAAUAAUAGUUUUAACAUCUUAUCCUUACAGGAAGAAGUAGUGAUGUGGAUUCCACUGCCAACGAUGAGGAUUAUUUCAAGCCAAGCCGUAAAGAUGAGGAUGAGUUAAGGCCAAACCAUAAAGAUGAGGAUGAGUUAAGGCAAAACCAUAAAGAUGAGGGUGAGUUAAGGCCAAACCAUAAAGAUGAGGAUGAGUUAAGGCAAAACCAUAAGGAUGAGGGUGAGUUAAGGCAAAACCAUAAAGAUGAGGGUGAGUUAAGGCCAAACCAUAAAGAUGAGGAUGAGUUUAGGCCAAACCAUAAAAAUGAGGGUUAUUUUGAGCCAAACAAUAAUUGUUAGUCUAUAUGGAGUAUUUAAUAAUGUAUUCACCUAAUUUACUGCUGUCAAUUUGAAGAAAAGCAAGUGAAAAUGUGGGAUCUUCGAAAUAUACUAAUAGUAAAUUACACACACACACACACACAGACACACAUAUAGAUUACAAUCUUCUUUAAGUAUAUAUUACGUUUCAUAAAUGUCUAGGAAAAAUAGCGCAAGAUAGAUUCCUGCCAGGAAAGCUGCCGGAUUAUAAAUCGGGAAUUUAUUAGAAAAUUCUCAAAAAAAAAAAAAAAAAAAAAAAAAAAUUAGAAAAAAUAUGAGAAAAAAAAAAAAAAAAAAAAAAAAAAAAAAAAAAAUAUAAAUGUCUAGGAAAAAUAGCGCAAGAUAGAUUCCUGCCAGGAAAGCUGCCGGAUUAUAAAUCGGGAAUUUAUUAGAAAAUUCUCAAAAAAAAAAAAAAAAAAAAAAAGUAAUUUGCAGAAAGUUGCGUCACUUGAUAAGAUUCUUUAGAACAAAUAGAAAGUAUUCGAACGCAAAGGAACGUUUCCAAACCAAGGUAGGGGCGGGUAAAAAGAAGUGGCGCCACACGGUUAAUAUUUGACGUAAAAGUUAAAAAUAAAACAAAGAGAAAUAAAGAGGUUUUGGACGCAAAGCUACGUUGAAUUAAAAUUAGGUUAACACACAUGCCAUAACAAUAGAGAAACAAAAAAAAAACAUUCUUAUUGAAAUGAGCUAAGAAUAUGACAAUAAAUACAUUCAAAUCUAUAAUGUUUUUGCGUUCGUAUAGGAUGCAGCUGCUUGAAAGAGAACCCCCUAACCUUUUUUUUUUUAAUAUGUUUUAAGAACAAAAAAUAAUUAUUGAUUACGGAAACACACCCCAUGUUAUAGGCAUAUUUUUAUGUGGAAAAAAUGUCAUUCUGUACGCAGGAAAAUACGUUACAACUGAUACUAAAAUAAACAUUAUCAUUAUAUUGUUUAAAAAUAUUUUCCCAUUGUUUCUUUAUUUUUACAGGAUCGGAAUUUGAUUAUGUGCUCAAUACUCGGACGUUCAUGGUCUAACGCAU